AACACGUGCGAGCCCAAAUUUUCCAAAUAACAAACUGAAUGAUCGAAGGAGGAAUAAUCAUAUAAAAUAUGGUGCCAGAUGAGAUACCCGGUUUUCCUUCACUUUCCAAACAAAGUAGUAACAAUGUUGAUAUAAAGAUUGCUAAAAAUAAAAACAAAAAAAGCGGUGGCUUUCAAUGUAUGGGUUUGAGCAAAGAUCUUCUAAAAGGAAUUGUGAAAAGAGGCUACAAAUUACCCACACCAGUGCAAAGGAAAACUAUUCCCUUAAUACUUGAAGGAAGGGAUGUUGUUGCUAUGGCUAAGACUGGGUCCGGAAAAACUGCUUGUUUUUUAAUACCACUUUUUGAAAAACUAAAACGAAGAGAUCCUACAAAAGGAGCCAGAGCUCUUAUUUUAACUCCAACUCGUGAAUUAGCGAUACAAACAUACAAGUUUAUAAAAGAAUUAGGAAAGUUUAUGGACUUAAAAACAAUAUUGGUGUUAGGUGGCGAUUCUAUGGAUUCUCAAUUUUCCGCUAUACAUACUUGUCCGGAUAUUAUAGUGGGAACUCCUGGACGUUUUCUCCAUCUUUGUGUCGAAAUGGAUUUAAAAUUAAAUUCAAUAGAGUACGUAGUGUUUGAUGAAGGUGACCAUUUAUUUGAAAAAGGUUUUGGAGAACAACUUAAUGAGAUUUUGAAUAGAUUACCUGAAUCAAAACAAAUGGUUAUGUUUAGUGCUACUUUACCAAAGCUUCUUAUAGAUUUUGCUAAAGCUGGCUUAACUGAUCCUGUUUUAAUAAGAUUAGAUGUUGACACGAAACUACCAGAAGGUUUAGUUUUAAAAUUUUUAUUUUGUAGACCUAAUGAACGGUACACCAUUUUGGUGGCGUUAUUGAAGUAUAUCAUUCCAGCAGAUGCUCAAACGGUCGUUUUUGUCGGUACUCAACAUCAUGUAGAGUUGAUAUCAUUAAUUUUAGAUCAAGCAAAGAUAUCGAAUACUUCAGUAUAUUCAAGUUUAGAUCCAGCGGCACGUAAAAUUAAUACAGCAAAAUUUGUUCAUAAAAAAGUGUCAGUGUUAAUCGUGACCGAUAUAGCAGCAAGAGGAAUUGACAUACCCAAUUUAGAUUUUGUUGUUAACUUACAUUUUCCUGGGAAACCCAAAUUAUUUAUACAUCGCGUCGGUAGAUGCGCAAGAGCAGGUAGACAGGGAACUGCCUUUUCAAUAUUUUCUACGGAUGACGAAGCACAUUUGGUUGAUUUACAUUUGUUUUUAAAUAGGCAACUUGACUUAACAGAUGCCAACACAAUAGGUUUGAUUCCUCAAGACAUAUUAGAAGAAGAACAUUUAAGUAUAUUUAAUUUUUUGAAAACGCAUCAUGCUGCAAGCAUUUACAAAACUAGUGAAAAUGCUUAUAAAAAAUACAUAAGCACUAGGCCAGUAGCUUCUGCUGAUUCCAACAAAAGGGUGAAAUUAAUGAAAUUCUAUAAUUUAAAAGUUUUACAAGAUUUUAAAAAUCUUUCAUUAAUGAAAGGUAGCACCACAGAAAGUUCAUUGAGUGACUUAGUUUUAAAACAUAAAAUUAUUGAUAGACCUGAGCUCGAGGAACAAAGAAACGAAUUUUUAGUAAAUAUGAAGAAAUUUAGACCACCAGGUACAAUUUUUGAAUUGAAUUGUACAAAAAAAUCAAUUCCCUAUGAAAUUAUGAAAGAAAAGCGAUUGAAGCAUUCAGAUAUAAUCGCUAAGUUUCGAAAUAAACUUGAAAAAUUGGAUCAAGAAGAAGAAGAAAAACAACUAAGAAAAACCCACGAUGAAAUAAACUCAUAUGAUGAGAAUGAAUUAGAAAGUCAUUUCCAUAAAGUUGUCAAAUCGAAAAAACGAAAAAAUCUAAAUGAUCUUUACAAACCCAAAAAAUUAAAACAAAACUUUUUAAAAGAUGAAGAAAAUUACAUUUCUUACCAAGCUCCAGAUAAAAUUACAGAAGAUGGACUUGCGAUCAAUUCUUUCGGAAGACAAGCCGCUGAUGCCGAAUUUAGUAUAUUUGACAAGAAAGAAAGUGAAAGUAAAUUCAAGCCUGGUAAAAAACAGUGGGAUCGUGUAAAAAAGAAAAUGGUUCCGGUGCAAGAUCCUAGGGGUGGAAAAAUUAGAACUGAAUCAGGUAUUUGGAUACCUUCUAGCUUCAAAACUGGUAAAUAUACUGAAUGGAAAGAAAAAACAAAAAUUGAAGAACAAGUGUGUAGAGAAGAAGGAGAUAGUGCUCAUUUAAUGCACAAAAAUCGGUAUCCGGUCAGCAGACAUGCAAGACAUAAUGCCAAAGUCGAAAGUAAAAAGCUUUCUGGAGGAAAUAUUGACAAAGAACUUAAAAAUCCUGAUCAGAUUGUAAAAGAAAGAAUUAGAAUUGAAAUAGCUAAAAAUAGAGAAAAAAUUAAUAAAUUAAAAAAGGAAUCAAAUCGUAAGAAGCAUGCACAAAAAAUGAGAUCGAAAAAAAAAUAGUAAGCCGUAAGGAUAGAACUGCGAACAUAUCCACGAAAUUUUAUUCAAAUAUUUGAAUUUUCUUAGAUUUUUUGAGUGUUAAUUAAUUUCCUUAUAAAUUUUCAUCUAAAAUAUUUUUUAAUAUUCAUUUUAAUAUUA